CGCCGUCUACAAAUACUCGUUGAACGUGACAUGGAACCGGCUAUAAAGAAAUCAAAAAUGGUUAAUAAUAAAUUCAAGCAUGGCAAAAAGAAGUAUUUUCAGCAAAGCAAGAAACAAGUGUUACAGCCAGGACAACGUGGGUUUCUUGUCACUUGCAACAUGAACGAAAAGGCAUGUGUGCGCGAAUGCUACAAUUUGCUUAACCAUUAUGCUGAUGAACUGUACGGCCCGGAGAUGCAACCAGAUGAAAGCAAACAGGCGGCAAGCACAGAAGCAGGAGGAGAGUCCGACAGCGACGAUUUGGACGCAGCUGUAGCCAAAUGCCGUGAGAUGAUUGCGCAAAGAAAACAACGCUUCCAAAACGUGGACACGGGCACUACAAACUGUUUAUUUAUACGCACUCAGCUGGAUGAUCCAGUGGCACUUGGCAAGCACAUAGUCAACGACAUUAAAGCUACGGGUAAAGCCAUGUCUCGCUUUGUGCUGCGUCUGGUGCCUAUCGAAUCCGUCUGUCGCGCCAAUAUGCCAGAUAUUAUCAACGCAGCUGGAGCACUCUUCGACAAGCACUUUCUCAAGGAGGCAACCACAUAUGGCAUCAUAUUCAAUCAUCGCUACAAUCAGCAAAUCAAACGUGAUACCAUAAUCAAGGAACUAGCCGACUUGGUCAACUCGAAGAACGUAGGCAACAAAGUUGAUUUGCAUAAUGCCAAAAAGUCAAUCAUUGUCGAGGUGCUGAGAGGCUGGUGCCUGUUGAGCGUCGUGGACAACUAUUUAGAAUUUAAGAAAUAUAAUUUAGCCGAGCUGGCAAAUGUCAAUGGGCAGAAGACAAAUGACGUCGGCGAUUCCAAGGCAACUGAAACUGCUGAGCAGGAGACGGAGAGUACUACGAAAUCCAUUGAGAAUACUGUGGCCGCUGUUGAGAACUAAUAAAAUUUACUAUUAAUUUUGUUAAA